CUGUCCUCACUGUGAGCGAGCCUGGGAGUGGCAGGAAGGAGAGGCAGACAAGAAGGGAGCAGAAGAAGAAAGAGGAGGAAAACGACAAAGAGGUCGAGUGAGUGACGGGCGAAUCAGGAUUGUCGUCUGAAUAUUAACGCAGCAUCGUUUCAGCAGUUUGUGUCUCCGUCAGCAUGGCUGAGGGCGCAGCGUCUGUAGCAGAGGUGGAGACCGCCUUCCAGAAGUUCGCGGUCCAUGGAGACACAAAAGCCACGGGGAAGGAGAUGAACUGCAAGAACUUCGCUAAGCUUUGUAAGGACUGCCGCGUCAUCGACGGCAAGAACGUCACCACCACGGAUGUGGACAUUGUUUUCAGCAAAGUCAAGGCCAAGUCGGCUCGUGUGAUCACGUUUGAACAGUUCAACCAGGCCCUGACGGAGUUGGCUCCCAAACGCUUCAAAGGCAAAAGCAAAGAGGAGGCUCUGCAGCAGCUCUACGGCCUCAUCGCUGGCAAAGAGCCUGCCAACGUUGGAGUCACAAAAGUGGCAAAGGCAGCAGCAGUGGACAGACUGACGGAUACGACCAAAUACACGGGAGCCCACAAGGAGCGCUUCGAUGACUCCGGCAAAGGAAAAGGAAAAGCAGGACGUGAGGACAUCCCAGACUCCAGCGGCUACGUGGCGUCUUACAAGGGCAGCGGCACUUAUGACUCCAAAGUAAACGAAGCAUAACUCUGCAGAAAGAGCGGGAAACUGGUCAAAUGAAUCAAUCCACUCAGGGUCCGAAAUUAACCUUUUUGGUGGCAGGUAGAUGGAAAAAAAAUCACAUUUAAUUGAGUUAAUAAGGUGUUAUUUUCCGUUGGAUUGCAACACAGAUUUAAGACGCGGAAAUUGAUGAAGAUUUUAUUUGCUCGCCUUUAUUUUUUUCAAAGUAGAAGUGCCCACGCCACCCCUGGAUCCGCCCGUGUGGACUACGUUCAUCAAUAUUACAAACAAAAAACUAAAAAUUUGCUUUUAUCUAUAAAAACAAGUAGCCUACAUUUCUCGGUUUAGGCAGCACACCCUUUUAGCGGAUGUGUGUGUGUGUGUGUCACUGGCUGCUCCGGAGGCCUGUUGCGGUCCUAAGUGAAACGGGAAGCGUGAAUUUAGCGUGCACUGUAUCUUCAGUGUUUAGAUACAAUGCAGAGAUGUGAGGAGAAGUUCACAGACUACAGCAGGCUGUGGUGGCAUAAUGUUACUAUAAUUAAGUCACUGAUUGUUGAUGAAUGCAGGCACGGCUGGAGUGAUUGGCGAAUAUUUGAACAGACCGUUUGACCAAAUUAACUUUGUUCUGAUGCACUAAAAGAGAAAAAAGCAAUAUGGUGGCUGGCGUUCCUGUGUGGGUCCUAUCAGCAUCCCCUAACGACGCUCCGACAACGGAGGAGCAGGAGAAAAGAGCGGCAGCUAAACACCCCAAAAAACGGGUUAUAUAAUACAUGACUAUUUGGCUACAAACAUUCCGCCGCCAUGUGGCCAAACGAGUACGUAGAUCAACCUGUAUUUGGCGCCUGGUGGGUGUUAAUUUCGGACCCUGCUUCCACCGCACCAUGAUUGAAGUUUUAAAGUCUUCAUAAGUGGCCAGCUGGAUGGCUGAUAAAAGAGAGAGAGAGAGACCAUUUCCUGAAGAUAAUCCAAAGAUAGUAAGAAACAUGUAUUUGCAAUAAGUAAAGAUAUAUUUAAAGGGUUGUAGCAUGACCUGUAAUGGUUUUCUGAACAUGAGCAGAGAUUUGAGUUGGAGGUAAAGAUAAAAAUGUAUUUCUAACCAAGCAUGCAUUUAGGACACUAACUCUGCUUCUAGUAGAGCUUAACAUUGUGCCUUACUAAUGUAGCCUAGAGGAGGGAGGCUUUGUGGUGCUUUUCCUCUGCUGUCAUAUUUCUGCUGCUUUGUGAGCUUGCUAAUAUAUAUAUAUAUACAUGUCAAUGCCUUUUGCAUCAAAAUGAAUUGGCGGCCAUUAUUAGUCUUGCCAUGGAAUUUUCCACACCUUAAAAUGAAACUUAUACUUACUUACUUAGUAGUAAGUGGUCUAAAUGGUCUAAAUGUGGUCUAAAUGAAACAUCUGUGCUGUGCUUUGGUCAAAAUAUAACAUGAAUCAAGCACCAGAGGAGGUUUGUGACCCUGUAUAAACCAGCUCUCUCAGAACGCUCCGUUUUGGUGUGUGUCUCUUUAAAUGCAAUGAGCCCCCCCUGAGUUUUCCCCGUAGACAUCACUCCUCUGUAGCGAGAAUAAAAAUGCAGGACCUGCAUAAAAGUUUUGCUCUAGGCUGGGGGUGGAGUCCAUGGGUGGAGCUACCAGGAGAGGGGAGGGGGUUUUUAUACCAGAAUCCCACUGUGACAUCACAAGGAGAGCACAUUUGAAAUGGAGCAUUUUUCUCUGUGUUGUAAGACUUAUGCAGACCACAAACAAAGGACUGGAUGGGUUUAUUUCAUAUUUUGUGGGUCGGUAGACACUCAGGUUACCCAAAUAUAUGUUCAAAAACACUGAAAACGUGGAUUUUUCACAAUAUGUCCCCUUUAAAUUACCUGUAAGCAGGGGAUGUGUGGAGUUCUGCUGUCUCUUUAAAGGCCCUCCUCCCCACUUGGCCAGCUCUGUUUGCAUUCACAGGGAAAGUUGAGUGAGCUUCCAGGUUCAGGUUAAGUCUUGUAAUGUUCUCGUAAAGUCUCGUUCAGAGCAGCAGGAACCCAUGUGCAGGGAUUAUGUUUUGACAAACAAAAGCAGGUCUCAAGAUCAAAUGAGCGAUUUGUAGCCUAAGAUAAAACUUUUAAAUUGAUAUGAGACAUGAUAUUAUUUACUUGACAUGUCUGUAUCAUCAAAAUACAAGAAAACGAAGAUGCUAAAGUACAGAUUAUGAAUUUGUAUCCAGAAAUAUUGUAUGAAUAUUUGGUAUAUUAACUCCUAUAAACAGAAGUGAGCUCUAACAGGUUCAGUCUGUGUUCUGUAUAUUUGAGCGAUAUACAGUAUUUUAAACGUUGUUUUGAUGCAUAUUGAUUGUACGGACUUGUCUGAUGCAGCCAUAACUCUUUGUUUACUGUGUGAGGAAAUAAAA